UGACAGUAGAGGGACGAAGGGUCCAGCGGGUGAGCGCAGCCGGCUCUUCAACAACCAUGGCUGAAGGGGGUGAAGGGGAAGAUGAAAUUCAGUUCCUCAGAACUGAUGAUGAAGUUGUACUUCAGUCCGUUGCCACCAUCAAUAAAGAACAACGUAAAUUUUGCCUGGCAGCUGAAGGAUUUGGUAAUCGUUUGUGCUUUCUCGAGCCUACUUCAGAAGCUAAGUAUGUUCCUCCAGACCUUUCCAUCUGUGUUUUUGUGCUGGAGCAGUCAUUGUCUGUCAGAGCCUUGCAGGAGAUGUUAACCAGUACAAGUGAAAUGAGCAAUGAAGGGGGCUCUAUCAAAAGAAGUUCCAUCAGUGCCAAGAAGAAAAAAUCUCUGAGGGCAGCUCAAGGGGGUGGACACCGAACCCUUCUUUAUGGUCAUGCUAUUCUUCUCCGGCAUGCAUAUAGUGGAAUGUAUUUGACUUGUUUGACAACAACAAGGUCGUUGACGGACAAAUUAGCUUUUGAUGUUGGUCUGCAGGAAGAUUCAUCUGGUGAAGCAUGUUGGUGGACUAUACAUCCUGCUUCCAAACAGCGAUCUGAAGGAGAGAAGGUACGAAUUGGUGAUGACCUUAUUCUGGUCAGUGUUUCAUCAGAGCGAUAUUUGCAUACUUCCAUCUCCAAUGGCAACAUACAAGUAGACGCUUCCUUCAUACAGACACUGUGGAAUGUCCACCCUAUAUGUUCAAGCAGUGACGUAGUAGAAGGGUUUCUGAAUGGUGGGCAUGUGCUACGACUUUUCCACGGCCAUGAUGAAUGUUUGACUGUCCCAUCUACAAACCAGAGAGAGGACGAGUAUGUAACAGUUAACUACGAAAGUGGGGAAGCAGGAUCCUUUGCCAGAUCAUUAUGGCGUGUAGAACCUCUUCGAAUCAGUUGGAGUGGCAGUCAUAUUAAGUGGGGCCAGUCAUUUCGCCUACGACACCUUACCACGGGCCUGUAUCUGGGCUUAGUUCAAGACCAGGGCCUGGUGUUACUGGAUCCCAUUUAUUCAGACACCAAAGCAACAUCAUUCUGUUUUAGAUUGUCAAAGGACAAGUUGGAUUUGCACCCAAAGCGAGAUAUAGAAGGUAUGGGAGUCCCAGAAAUCAAGUACGGUGAUUCAGUUUGUAUUAUUCAGCAUGUAGCCACUGGCCUCUGGUUAACAUAUCAUGCUCCAGAUGCUAAAUCAGCACGUCUGGGACCUCUGAAGCGAAAGGUAAUACUACACCAAGAAGGACAUAUGGAUGAUGGUCUAAUUUUGCAACGUUGUCAAAGUGAAGAGUCACGAGCAGCUCGAAUUAUCCGAAAAACAACCAUCUUAUUUAAUCAAUUUAUCAGGGGUCUUGAUUGUCUUGGAAAAAGUGGACCUGUCAAAUUACCAAUAAAAGAAGUUCAGGAAGCCUUGCAAGACCUUAUCAUUUACUUCCAUCCGCCAGAGGAGGAAUUAAAACACGAAGACAAACAGUACAAAUUACGUUCUCUCAGAAACAGGCAGAACUUAUUUAAAGAAGAGACAAUGCUGAAAUUGGUCCUGAAUUGCAUUGACCGGCUAAACGCGUACCACAGUGCAGCACAUUUUUCGGAGCUUGCUGGUGAAGAGGUUGGAGCAGCAUGGAAAGAUAUUUUGAAUUUGCUUUAUGAACUACUAGCUGCUCUCAUACGUGGUAACCGAAGUAACUGUGCCAUGUUUUCGAAAAACUUAGACUGGUUGAUCAGUAAAUUAGACAGACUGGAAUCUUCAUCAGGUAUCCUGGAAGUGCUGCAUUGCAUCUUGAUUGAAAGCCCAGAAGCACUCAAUGUAAUCAAAGAAUGCCACAUCAAAUCCAUCAUUUCAUUACUGGAUAAACAUGGACGCAACCACAAGGUGCUGGACGUGCUGUGCUCUCUUUGUGUGUGCAAUGGUGUUGCUAUACGAGCUAAUCAGAAUCUGAUAUGUGACAAUCUGCUCCCUCAUCGUGAUUUACUUCUGCAAACUCGCAUAGUUAACAGGGUAACAAGCAUAAGGCCCAACAUAUUCUUGGGAACGAGUGAAGGAUCAGCACAGUACAAGAAAUGGUAUUAUGAGCUGGUUGUCGAUCAGAUCAAUCACUUUUUAACUCCAGAUCCUAUUCACCUGCGUGUUGGCUGGGCAUCUGCGAAGGGUUACGCUCCCUAUCCUGGAGGUGGAGAAGGAUGGGGAGGAAAUGGAGUGGGAGAUGAUCUUUAUUCUUAUGGAUUUGACGGACUUCAUUUAUGGUCAGGUCGAGUGGCCAGGGCUGUAGCAUCACCAAAUCAACACAUACUGAACUCCGAUGACGUAGUUAGUUGUUGCCUGGAUUUAGGUGUACCUAGCAUUUCCUUCCGCAUCAAUGGACAACCAGUACAAGGAAUGUUUGAGAGUUUCAACACCGAUGGCCUGUUCUUCCCGGUGGUCAGCUUUUCUGCAGGUGCCAAAGUACGUUUUUUGAUUGGUGGUCAGCAUGGAGAUUUUAGAUUUUUGCCUCCUCCUGGAUAUGCACCCUGCUAUGAAGCACUACUGCCAAAGGAAAAGAUGAGAUUAGAGCCAAUUAAAGAAUACAAAAGAGAUCAUAAUGGUGUUCGAGAUUUAAUAGGAACUCCAGGUCAUCUUUCCCAGGCCUCCUUCAUCCCCAAGCCAGUAGAUACCAGCCAGAUUGUUUUACCUUCACACCUUGAGAAAGUCCAGAACAAGCUAGCUGAAAACAUUCAUGAACUUUGGGCGACAAACAAAAUUGAACUUGGUUGGACAUAUGGGAAGGUACGUGAUGACAAUAAGAGACAGCACCCUUGUUUGGUGGAUUUUGAUAAGCUACCCGAACAAGAGAGAAACUAUAAUUUACAAAUGUCCCUUGAAACCUUAAAGACCCUCCUGGCUUUAGGUUGUCAUGUUGUUCAUAUUAAACCAAAAGCAGAAGAAUAUUUACAAAGAAUGAAACUUCCCAAAAAUUACAUGAUGUCAAACGGCUACAAGCCUGCCCCACUGGACCUUUCGGAUGUCAAACUACACACAGCCCAGGAAGUAUUGGUUGACAAGCUGGCAGAAAAUGCACAUAAUGUCUGGGCUAAAGACAGAAUCAGGCAAGGGUGGACUUACGGCAUCCAACAGGAUAUCAAGAACAAAAGAAACCCUCGACUGGUGCCGUAUAGUCUUCUUGAUGAACGAACUAAAAAAUCAAAUAGAGACAGUUUACGUGAAGCAAUUCGCACUUUAAUUGGUUAUGGUUACAACAUUGAGCCGUCCGACCAGGAAGUUGCUGGUGCAACUGUGGAAAAAGUUACCGUCGAUAGACUCCGUUUCUUUCGAGUGGAGGAGACCUUUGCAGUCAAGACGGGAAAGUGGUACUUUGAAUUUGAGGUGGUGACAGCAGGAGAAAUGCGUGUUGGAUGGGCAAGACCAGCAUGCAGACCUGAUGUAGAGCUGGGUGCUGACAGAAAUGCCUUUGCUUUUAAUGGCUGUAAGGCUCAGUUCUGGCACCGAGGCAGUGUUUAUUUUGGCCGUACUUGGCAGCCUGGUGAUGUGGUCGGAUGCAUGAUUGAUAUGAAUGACAAAUCAAUGAUAUUCACUCUAAAUGGAGAACUUCUCAUCACUAACAGUGGCUCAGAACUCGCUUUCACAGAUUUUGAUGUUGAAGAGGGUUUAAUCCCAAUUUGUUGUCUGGGCUUGUCUCAGAUAGGUCGAAUGAAUUUUGGAAAGGAUGCAACCACUUUCAAGUAUUAUACAAUGUGUGGUUUACAGGAGGGUUUUGAACCUUUCUCAGUGAACAUGAACCGUGAUGUAGCCAUGUGGUUCAGUAAACGUCUACCUCAGUUUGUCCCUGUGCCAAAAGAUCACAACCAUAUUGAGGUAACAAGAAUAGAUGGAACUGUAGACAGUCCACCCUGUUUAAAAGUUACCCAUAAAACGUUUGGCACUCAGAAUUGCAUAACUGAAAUGACAUACUACCGUUUGAGUAUGCCUCUUGAGUUUUAUUCAACGUUUAAACAUGAUAGUAUUCCUCAUACAACUGAUGACAAUGGACCUCAUACUGCGGAUACUUUGUUAGGAAAGACUAAAUUAAGGGGUGCAAGAUUGAGCCGUGAUGUAUCUGGAGACAGAGCUGACCAAGAAAUUAUUAAAAAAUCCUCAAUGUAUUAUUAUGCAGUGAGAAUAUUUGCAGGCCAAGAUCCAUCUUUGGUGUGGAUUGGCUGGGUAACUCCUGACUACCAUUACCACAGCAAGUCGUUUGACUUGAAUAAACAUCGGACUGUCACUGUUACUCUUGGAGAUGAGAAAGGCAGAAUUCAUGAAAGUGUCAAGCGCAGCAAUUGUUAUAUGGUUUGGGGAGGAGAUCUUCUCAGCAGCUCAAAGGGAUCAAGCAGUAGCAGUGCUGACUUAGUAGUUGGUUGCUUGGUUGAUCUCGCAAGCGGCUGGUUAACCUUCACAGCAAAUGGAAAGGAUCUUAGUAUCCGUUACCAGGUUGAGCCAGGCACAAAGUUGUUUCCUGCUGUUUUCAUGCAAGCCACAAGCCCAAAUCUAUUCCAGUUUGAACUUGGAAAAUUGAAGAAUGCAAUGCCUCUGUCUGCGGCUAUAUUUAAAAGUGAAGAGAAGAAUCCCAUUCCACAGUGCCCUCCUCGACUUGACAUACAGAUGAUCACUCCUGUUCUGUGGAGCAGAAUGCCCAUUGAUUUUCUCACUGUGGAGACAGCAAGGAUUAGUGAUCACCAUGGUUGGGUUGUGCAGUGUCUUCAACCGUUGCAGAUGAUGGUAUUGCAUAUUCCAGAGGAGAAUCGGUCAAUAGACAUUCUUGAGCUAAUUGAAAAUCAAGACCUCAUGAAGUUCCAUUACCAUACACUGAAACUGUACUGUGCCUUGUGUGCCGUGGGCAACAACCGCGUAGCCCAUGCACUUUGUAGCCACAUCGAUCAAUCUCAACUAUUGUAUACAAUUGAUAAUAAAUAUCUGCCAGGGCUUCUACGCAGUGGAUUCUAUGACCUCUUCUUAAGUAUGCACCUUGAAUCAGCUAAAGAAGCUAGAUUAAUUAUGAACAACGAAUUCAUUAUUCCUGUAACUGAUGAAACCAGGAGUAUAACACUGUUUCCAAAAAAUAAUCGGACUUAUGGACUUCCCGGUGUUGGACUCAGCACCUGUUUGAGACCUCGAUUAAACUUUUCAUUGCCAUGUUUUGUUAGCACCAGUGACGAUAGACGUCAAUACAGCCCGAAGUUGCCAUUUAAUAUUCUUAAGGUCAAAGCAAUCGAAAUGCUCACAGAGGCUGUAACGGGUGGUGGACCACACAUUCGAGACCCAGUGGGGGGAAGUGUGGAAUUUCAGUUAGUUCCUAUUCUCAAGCUGAUUAAAACCAUGCUGAUCAUAGGCAUAUUUGAUGAUAAUGAUGUCCAAAAAAUUCUGCUACUGAUUGAUUCUGACUUGUUUGGCGAACACCAAGAGGAGAGAGUGGAUGAAGAUAAAACAGAGAAAGAGAUUGUCACUAAAAAUGAAGAGAAGGCUAUAGAGGCUGGAGAAGCAGUAACGCAAGUGACUCAACCCGCUUUCAAAGGACUGCUGGAGAAAAGUUUGCCAGAGUCUGUUAAACUUCAGAUGUGCGAACUGCUUCACUACUUCUGUGACUGUGAACUCCGACAUCGAGUGGAAGCCAUUGCAUCUUUUGCUGACAAGUUUGUUGUAAAGCUGCAAAGGAACCAAAAGUUCCGGUAUGAAGAACUUAUGCUGGCCUUCGAUAUGUCGGCAGCCUUGACGGCCAGGAAGUCAAAAGAAUUCCGUUCACCUCCUCAGGAGCAGAUUAAUAUGCUACUGAACUUCAGGAGUGAUGACGAUUCCACCUGCCCCGAAGACAUGCGUGAAGAGCUGUGUGACUUCCAUGAUGACCUUCAAACACAUUGCGGUAUUCCAUUUGAAGAAGAAGAUGAUGAAGAAAAAGAUGGAUCUAUGAUGGGAAAGUUACUUUAUUUAGUGCAUAAAAUCAAAGGGAAGCCAAAGAAAGUGGAAGAGCCACCACGUGAAGAAGAAGUGGAAGAACCUGCCAACCUGUCGCAACUAAUCUUACGGACUAUUACUCAUUGGUCGCAAGAAUCGUACAUUCAGGAUGCAGAACUGAUUAAAACUAUGUUUAGCCUUUUGCGCCGGCAAUAUGAUGCAACUGGUGAGCUCCUGCAAGCGAUGCGGAAAGCAUACACCAUCAGUGCUGCCUCCAUACAGGAAACGGUCACUCUACUUGUUUCCCUUGGACAGAUUCGAUCACUCCUUAGUGUUAGAAUGGGAAAGCAGGAAGAAACACUAAUGAUUCGCGGAUUAGGGGACAUCAUAAACAAUAAAGUGUUCUAUCAGCAUCCAAACCUGAUGAGAGUGUUGGGGAUGCAUGAGACCGUAAUGGACGUCAUGGUAAGCGUGCUUGGAGGAAACAAAUCACAGGAGAUUGCUUUCCCAGAGAUGGUGGCAAGCUGCUGUCGAUUCCUGUGUUACUUCUGCCGCAUCAGCCGUCAGAACCAGAAGGCCAUGUUUGAUCAUCUCAGUUACUUGUUGGAAAAUAGCAGUGUUGGACUGGCAUCCCCCAGUAUGCGAGGUUCCACUCCUCUAGAUGUAGCAGCUGCCUCUGUGAUGGACAACAACGAGCUGUCACUUGACUUGCAGGAACCUGACUUGGAAAAGGUGGUGACCUAUCUUGCUGCAUGUGGCUUACAGAGCUGCCCAGUGCUAGUGGCCAAAGGUUAUCCUGAUAUUGGCUGGAAUCCUAUUGAAGGAGAACGUUAUCUGCUGUUCUUACGAUUUGCAGUCUUUGUCAAUGGUGAAAGUGUUGAGGAAAAUGCGAGUGUUGUUGUGAAGUUGCUGAUUCGUCGCCCAGAGUGCUUUGGGCCUGCUGUAAGAGGUGAAGGAGGAAGUGGCUUGUUAGCGGCAAUGAAGGAGGCCAUUGAAAUCUCAGAAGAUCCCUGCCGUGAUCUCCCUCCUGUUGAAGCUGGGAAAAAUGGUGGUAAAGAAGAGGAUGAAGAAGUUGUGCAUAUGGGUAAUUCUAUUAUGUCCUUCUAUUCGGCUCUGAUUGAUCUUCUUGGACGAUGUGCUCCAGAGAUGCAUUUAAUCCAAGCUGGCAAAGGCGAAGCUAUCCGAAUCCGAGCUAUUCUUCGUUCUCUAGUGCCAACUGAGGACCUGGUGGGCAUUAUUAGUAUACCACUGAAAUUGCCUGUUGUCAAUCCAGAUGGAACCAUUUAUGAGCCGACAAUGUCUGCAAGUUUCUGUCCUGACCACAAAGCACCCAUGGUACUGUUUCUGGAUCGUGUUUAUGGUAUUGAGGACCAAAGUUUCCUGCUUCAUUUGCUCAAAGUUGGGUUUUUACCUGAUCUAAGAGCAUCUGCCUCCCUUGAAUCAGCUGACUUAAAUACAACGGAGGUAGCCCUUGCCCUUAACAGAUAUCUCUGUUCAGCAGUGCUUCCAUUGCUCACAAGAUGCUCACCUCUUUUUGCUGGGACAGAACACUUUGCCCCUUUGAUAGAUUCUACGUUGCAUACAAUAUACAGAUUAUCCAAAGGACGUUGUCUUACCAAAGCACAGCGAGAGUCAAUUGAAGAAUGCUUGCUGUCAAUAUGCCGGUAUCUUCAACCUUCUAUGUUGCAACCACUUCUGCGCCGCUUUGUUUUUGAUGUUCCCCUUCUGAACGAAUACUGUAAAAUGCCACUAAAGCUUUUAAGUAAUCAUUAUACACAGUGCUGGAAGUACUAUUGCCUGGCAUCUGGAUGGGGCAGUUAUGGAAGUGCAUCUGAUGAAGAGUUGCACCUUACCAAGAAAUUGUUCUGGGGAAUUCUGGAUGCACUCUCAAUAAAAAAAUAUCACCCUGAUCUCUUUAAAAUGGCUCUGCCGUGCCUAAGUGCAAUUGGAGGGGCCCUCUCCCCUGACUAUGUCGAUUCCAGCUUUUCCAAUGACUUGGACAGACAGGCAUCAGUGGAUGACAAAGGCAACUUUGACCCGAAACCCAUCAACACUUCUAAUAUUUCAAUUCCGGAGAAGUUGGAGCAUAUUGUGAACAAAUAUGCAGAACAUCUCCAUGAGAAAUGGGCUCUUGAGAAGAUACAAAAUGGGUGGACGUAUAGUGAUACAAUCAAUGAGAAUAUGAAGACUCAUCCAUUAUUGAGACCGAUUAAAACAUUAACCGAAAGGGAAAAGGAAUUGUAUCGCUGGCCAUCCAAGGAAUCUUUCCGGAUCAUGUUGGCUUUAAAUUGGAACAUCGAAAGGACAAAAGAAAGUGAAGCCAUGAUGCAGCACAUUGAAAAUGAGAAACUACGCAAGUCUUCUCAGAGUUCAGGGGGAUACACUCCAGUUCCUGUUGACUUGUCAAAUGCUCUGCUCUCCAGAGAGAAUCAGGCAAUGGCCGAGCUCAUGGCCGAAAACUAUUAUAAUAUCUGGGCCAAGAAAAGGAAAACUGAAUUAGAAAGCAAAGGUGGAGGCAGCCAAAUCUCUCUUAUGCCUUAUGAUACCUUGACUGCCAAGGAGAAGGCCCGUGAUCGUGAUAAGGCUCAUGAGCUGCUCAAGUUCCUCCAAGUGAAUGGCUAUGCAGUAUCUAGAGGCUUGAAAGAUAUGGAAUUGGAUUCUUCUUCUUUUGAGAAACGAUUUGCUUAUAAAUUCCUGGUAAGGGUGUUAAAAUGUGUCGACACAGCUCAGGAAUUUAUAGCGCAUUUAGAGGCCAUUGUCAGUAGUGGUAAAGCAGACAAAUCUCAUGAGCAAGAGAUAAAGUUUUUUGCCAAGAUUCUGCUUCCUCUGAUUGAUGAAUACUUCAAGAAUCACUGUAUGUACUUCCUGUCCUCUCCAACCAAAAGCCUCAGCAGCAGUGGAUAUGCAUCCAAUAAAGAAAAGGAAAUGUUGGCAAGUAUUUUCUGCAAACUUGCAGCCCUAGUCAGACAUAGGAUCUCACUCUUUGGCACUGAUUCUGGAACAAUGGUGAACUGUUUACAUAUCUUGGCACGUACUCUAGACCCCAGGACUGUUAUGAAGUCUGGCUUAGAGUUGGUAAAAGCUGGUCUGCGUACAUUCUUUGAAAAUGCAGCUGAAGAUCUGGAAAAGACACUGGAAAAUCUGAAACUUGGAAAAUUCACACAUUCACGAUCUCAACUGAAGGGAGUUACACAGAAUAUCAAUUACACAACUGUAGUUCUGCUACCUGUGCUAACAUCAUUCUUUGGCCAUAUCAGUCAACAUCAGUUUGGAACUGACUUGAUCUUGGAUGAUGUCCAAGUGUCAUGCUAUAGGAUCCUGUGCAGCCUGUAUGCUUUGGGGACAGGGAAGAAUGUCUAUGUGGAAAGACAACGACCUGUCCUUGGAGAAAGUCUUGCCACACUUGCAGCUGCCAUGCCAGUCGCUUUUCUUGAGCCUUCUAUCAACAUACACAAUACGCAUUCAGUUUUCAACACAAAAUCACCCCGAGAACGUAUCAUUCUAGGUUUGCCAGAUACUGUGGAGGAAGUGUGCCCAGAGGUACCUCAACUAGAUGCACUAAUAAAAGAGAUCAGUGAAACAGCUGAGUCUGGAGCUCGAUACACAGAAAUGCCUCACAUCAUUGAGGUGGUUUUGCCCAUGCUGUGUAAUUAUCUGUCAUAUUGGUGGGAACGGGGCCCUGAGAACAACCCCAGUGGGGACUGCUGUACUGUCGUCACCUCGGAGCAUCUUAGUGCAAUCUUGGGCAACAUCUUGAAGAUCUUGAACAAUAACCUGGGCAUUGAUGAUGCUUCGUGGAUGAAGAGGCUAGCAGUGUAUGCUCAGCCAAUCAUCAGCAAAGCCAAACCUGAAUUGCUGAAAAACCAAUUCAUUCCAACGCUGGAGAAACUGAAAAAGAAAGCAAUAAAAGUUGUUUUAGAAGAAGAACAACUGAAAGCAGAGUAUAAAGUAGAUUUUCAGGAGACAGAACUGCUAAUCCUAGAUGAAUUUGCUGUUCUCUGCCGAGAUCUCUACUCCUUCUACCCAAUUUUGAUCCGCUAUGUGGAUUAUAACAGAGCAAGAUGGCUCAAGGAGCCAAAUGCAGAUGCUGAUGAACUCUUCCGUAUGGUGGCUGAGAUCUUCAUCUUGUGGUGUAAAUCACAUAAUUUCAGACGGGAAGAGCAGAAUUUUGUGAUUCAGAAUGAAAUCAACAACAUGGCUUUCCUGAUUGCAGACAAUAAGAGCAAAAUGUCCAAGCGAUGUAAGCAAGUUGGCCUUAAGGUCAGAUUGCAUGAUAGCAUCAUCAUGCAAAAGGCUGCACAACAGACCUGGCGACUUAAGGCAGAGGGAGAUAACCAGGAACGGAAAAAAAUUAAGCGCAGAGGUGACUAUUACUCGAUACAUACAUCACUGAUUGUGGCAGCUGUUAAAAAGUUACUUCCUAUUGGUUUAAAUAUGUGCACAGCAGGAGACCAGGAAUUAAUCUCAUUGGCCAAGCAGAGGUACAGUCUGAAAGACACCGAUGAAGAAGUGAAAGAGUUCCUUGCAAAUAACUUGCAUUUGCAGGAUAAGACUGACGACCCAGCAGUUCGAUGGCAGUUAGAUUUGUAUAAGGAUAUUGUUAAACCUGAAGAGAGAAUGGAUCCUCAGAAGAUUGUGGAACGUGUGCAAAAGAUUUCAGCUGCUGUUUUCCACUUGGAACAGGUGGAGCAGCCAUUGCGGUCAAAGAAGACAGGGUGGCAUAAACUUAUGUCCAAACAACGCAAACGAGCUGUGGUUGCCUGCUUCCGGAUGGCACCACUUUAUAACCUUCCCAGACACAAAAUUAACAUUUACUUCCUGAACGCCUAUCAACAUCUGUGGCUGGAAAAACUAUAUAAGAAAACUGACUUUGAGAAUCUUAUCGUCUGUUUGGCGAAAUCCACAACUGCAUCAGAAGAGGAGGAGGAAGAGUCCGAGAAGACACCUGACCCACUUCAUCAGCUUAUACUACACUUCAGUCGUACUGCCCUCACUGAACGAAGUGCAAUUGGAGAGGACCCUUUAUACCUUGCAUAUGCUGACAUGAUGGCAAAGAGCUGCCAUGUUACUGAGGAAGAAGAUGAAGAAAAAGAAAAAAGUUUUGAAGAAAAGGAAUUGGAGAAACAAAUGACACUUUACCAGCAAGCAAGGCUUCACCAACGUGCCGCAGCCGAGAUGGUUCUGCAGAUGAUUAGUGCAAGCAAAGGUGUAUUAAGCCCCAUGGUGACCACAAGCUUGAAGCUAGGUAUUGCCAUUCUCAAUGGUGGUAACCCUGAUGUCCAGCGGAAAAUGUUGGACUAUUUGAAAGAGAAGAAGGAAAGUGGCUUUUUCAGGAGUCUGUCUGGAUUAAUGCGAUCCUGCAGCAUCCUUGACUUGAAUGCCUUUGAGAGACAAAACAAAGCAGAAGGUUUGGGAAUGGUAUCUGAAGAUGGAACACUCGUUGUUCGUGAACAUGCUGACAAGGUGUUGCAGAAUGAUGAAUUUACUCGGGAUUUGUUUCGGUUUUUGCAACUGCUGUGUGAGGGACAUAAUGAUGACUUCCAGAAUUACCUAAGAACUCAAACAGGAAACACAACUACAGUGAAUAUCAUCAUCAGCACUGUAGACUAUCUGCUGCGUCUUCAGGAGUCUAUCAGUGACUUCUAUUGGUAUUACUCAGGAAAAGAUGUUAUGGAUGGACAAGGUCAGCGCAAGUUCUCUAAAGCAUUAUCAGUGGCCAAACAAAUCUUCAACUCGCUGACUGAGUAUAUCCAGGGCCCUUGCAUUGGUAACCAGCAGAGUCUUGCCCACAGCAGGCUCUGGGAUGCAGUGAUUGGUUUCCUGCAUGUCUUUGCGAAUAUGCAAAUGAAACUUUCACAGGAUUCAAGUCAGAUUGAGUUGCUCAAGGAGUUAUUGGAUUUGCAGAAAGAUAUGGUGGUGAUGCUGUUGUCAUUGUUGGAAGGGAAUGUCGUAAAUGGAACUAUAGGUAAACAAAUGGUAGACACAUUGGUUGAGUCUUCCAGCAAUGUGGAGAUGAUACUCAAGUUCUUCGAUAUGUUUCUUAAAUUAAAGGAUAUAACCACUUCUGAUACCUUCAAAGAUUUUGAUCCAGAUGGUAAAGGAAUGAUUUCAAAGAAAGAAUUCCAAAAGGCUUUGGAAAGUCAGAAGAAAUAUGCACAGUCAGAAAUAGAAUUCUUACUAUCUUGUGUUGAAGCAGAUGAAAAUGAUUUGUUUAAUUAUAUGGAAUUUAUUGACCGCUUUCAUGAACCAGCCAAGGAUAUCGGGUUCAAUGUUGCUGUAUUACUGACCAAUCUAUCGGAACACAUGCCUAAUGAUAUCCGUCUGAAGACAUUCUUGCUACCAGCACAAAGUGUCCUCACAUACUUUGAGCCCUAUUUAGGACGCAUUGAAAUCAUGGGUGCAGCAAAACGCAUAGAAAGAGUCUACUUUGAAAUCAGCGAAUCAAGUCGGACACAGUGGGAGAAACCUCAGGUCAAGGAAUCCAAAAGGCAGUUCAUCUUUGAUGUUGUGAAUGAAGGCGGAGAAUCUGAAAAAAUGGAACUCUUUGUGAAUUUUUGUGAGGACACCAUAUUUGAAAUGCAGUUAGCAUCUGAAAUCUCUGAGCCAGAUGCAGCUGAAAGAGCUGAUGAUGAUGAAGAAGAGCCUCCUCCAAUUGAAGAGGAGGAGGAAGUGGCUCAGCCCUCAAAUGCAUUUGCGUCAGCUUGUCAUGAUUUCAAAGGUGCUCUCCUGAAGUUUUUUGGGAUAUUCACAUUUAGAAAUAUCAGAAGGCAGUUUAAGAAAAUUAAGAGGAUGACAACCAAGGAGUUAUUGAUGGCAUUUUUCUCCUUCUUCUGGAUGUUGUUUAUUGGCCUUGUUUUCUUCAUCUUCAACAUAGUACAAGGAUUUUUCCAGAUCGUGUGGAAUGCCAUGUUUGGGGGUGGACUAGUAGAAGGUGCUAAGAGCAUCACGGUCACAGACCUUUUAGCUAGCAUGCCGGAUCCAACACAACUUGAAAUUCAUGGAGAUGUGAGUGAGUCAAAAAGGGCAGAAACUCCAGAGACGGGAGUUGUUACAGAGCUUCAGUCUACAGCGCAAGAUGAAAAAAGUGAAACUGAGAUGAUGCCUGAUAUAUUUGGCAUAAAUGUGAAAAAAGUAGGCAAGGCAGGAGGUGACACACAUGGAGGUCUUGGUGAUGUCUCAGAAAUUAUGGGAACAGAAAGCCCCCCUAGUUUUGAAAAGGCAGUAUCUCAAAAAAAGAAAGCAGAGAUUGAACAGAAGAAUAAAGCUGAGAGUAAAACUGAGUCUGAGAAGGCCGACGUGGAGGAUGGCGAGAAGAAGGACAAAGCCAAAGAAGAACAACUAGUUGAAAGUGAAGAAAAAGAACAGAAGAUAAAGAAGAGGCGACGUGGGCAGGCUAAGAAAGAACCAGAGGCAUUCUUGGCUAACUUCUGGGAGGGACUGGAAAUUUACCAAACCAAGAUUCUGAAUUAUCUAGCCAGGAAUUUCUACAAUCUGAGGCUACUUGCUCUAUUUGUGGCAUUUGCGAUCAAUUUCAUUCUGCUUUUCUACAAGGUGACUGAGCCUCCAGAUGAUGAAGAUGUAGAGGAUUUCAGUUUCUGGAAUGACGAUAAUGUGGAUUACUACGUGUUACAGGAGACUACAGGAUACAUGGCCCCAAUGCUGACAUUUCUUGCAAUUAUUCACACUAUCAUCUCAAUGCUUUGUAUCAUUGGCUACUACAUAUUGAAGGUUCCUCUUGUAGUUUUCAAGCGUGAAAAGGAGAUUGCCAGAAAGCUGGAAUUUGAUGGGCUGUACAUAACAGAGCAACCAUCUGAUGAUGAUAUUAAAGGACAGUGGGAUCGCCUUGUCAUCAACACACCAUCCUUCCCCAACAAUUAUUGGGACAAGUUCGUCAAAAGAAAGGUUAUUAAUAAGUAUGGAGACCUUUAUGGAGUUGAACGGAUUGCAGAGCUCCUGGGUGUGGACAGAAGUUCUUUAGAUUUUAGUCCCAUUGAAAAAGCCCCAGAUCAAGAAGCAACACUGUUAUCCUGGUUGAGUUCCAUUGAUUUAAAAUAUCAUAUUUGGAAACUUGGAGUUGUGUUCACUGAUAAUUCAUUUUUGUAUCUGGCUUGGUACACAACCAUGUCCAUUUUGGGUCACUACAACAACUUCUUCUUUGCUGCCCACUUGCUAGAUAUUGCUAUGGGUUUUAAGACAUUGCGUACGAUAUUGUCAUCUGUAACGCACAAUGGGAAACAGCUUGUGCUGACUGUUGGUCUCCUAGCAGUUGUCGUGUAUCUCUACACAGUGGUUGCUUUCAACUUCUUCCGCAAAUUCUACAACAAAAGCGAAGAUGAAGAUGAACCAGAUAUGAAGUGUGAUGACAUGAUGACGUGCUAUUUGUUCCACAUGUAUGUGGGUGUAAGAGCUGGAGGUGGCAUUGGAGAUGAAAUUGAAGACCCUGCUGGUGAUCCUUCAGAAAUGUACCGAAUCAUCUUUGACAUCACAUUCUUCUUCUUUGUCAUUGUCAUCCUACUAGCCAUUAUUCAGGGUUUGAUUAUUGAUGCUUUUGGGGAGCUGAGAGACCAACAGGAGCAAGUGCGAGAAGACAUGGAGACCAAAUGCUUUAUUUGCGGGAUUGGCAAUGACUACUUUGACACAACACCGCAUGGUUUUGAGAAACAUACUUUGCAAGAGCACAACCUUGCAAACUAUCUGUUCUUCAUGAUGUACCUCAUUAAUAAGGAUGAAACUGAACACACUGGUCAGGAGUCUUUUGUAUGGAAGAUGUAUCAAGAACGCUGCUGGGACUUCUUCCCUGCUGGAGACUGUUUCCGUAAACAGUAUGAGGAUCAGCUUGGAUAAAUGAUAACGCUGCUUGAACUAAUCUACUGAUUAAACACA